AUGUCGCGACAAAGGAAGAUCGUAGUAGCUUUGGAUCCCUACUCUGCGGAGGCCCGUUACACUGUUGACUGGAUAAUUGAUAACUUCUUAAGGCCAGAAAGAGAUCAUGUUCAUUUGGUCACUGCGUUAUCUCUAAAUUCUGAUUUUGAUUCAACGGAGCUUGGCAUAAAUGUAAACUAUGUUGCCGAAUAUGUUACGAGUUUGGAAGAGGAUGCCGAACAAAAAGCACGUGAGGAAAUGCAAAGAUUCGUCGAUAAACUUAAGGAAGCUAACAUCGACUCAAAGAUUAUAAUAAUCAAAUCAAAAGAUGAUACUCGUAACAUUAUUGUCGAUUAUACCGAAAAAGAAAGGGCAGACGUUCUUGUCAUGGGAAGUCGAGAUCUGUCCAUGUGGAAAAGAUUAUUUUUAGGGAGUUUUUCGGAUUUUUGCCACCAAAAUGCACAUUGUCCCGUGUUGAUAGUAAAAGUAAUGCGGAAUGUAAAAGUUUUUUCUGGCUCUUCGCAUCCUGAACUUGCCGAACUCGUAUGUGAAAAAUUAGGGAUCCCUCUUGCCUCAGUUGUGUUAAAGAAGUUUAAAUGUUCAAUCCGUAAUGAAGACGUAUUCAUUAUUCAAUCCGGUUCGAAACAUAUUAACGAUCAUUUGAUGGAAUUAUUGAUCAUGAUAUCCGCUUGUAAGGGUGCCUCCGCGAGUCGAAUCACUGCUGUAAUGCCUUACUUCCCGUAUUCGAAACAAAGCAAAAAGAAAAGAUAUCGCGGAGCAAUAACUGCAAAGAUGGUAGCAAAUCUGCUUUCUGUUGCUGGAGUAGACCACAUAAUUACAAUGGAUCUUCAUGCAUCUCAAAUGCAAGGAUUUUUUAACAAACCAGUUGACAAUCUAUUCGCUGAACCCUCGAUUGUUAAAUGGAUUCAAGAUUCUGUACCUGAAUACACUAACGGAGUCGUUGUUAGUAAAAAUUCAGGCGGAGUAAAAAGGUCGUUAUCGUGUAUUAUACCUACCAGAGUGACCUCUCUUGCUGAUCGUCUUAAAAUCGAUUUUGCUCUCAUUCACAAUGAUCGUACACGUGGCUCCCACAAUACAUGUUGUAACCUCAACAUAUCGGAAACAUCCAAGAAUAAAUCAACCGAUGAAAAUAACAAUAAUUCCAAAAUUAAUGGUAAUUGUAUCAUUACUUCAAUUAUCGACGGUGGACUCAAUGACAAUGAAAAUGAAGGAGAAUGUCAUUCUUGUGGGGCCUCGACAGCAACGACAAAUGAAACUUCUCUAGAAGAAGCUGACACAAAUAGCCGUACUAUCACGCUGGUUGGUGAUGUAGCGGGAAAAGUGGUUUUUAUUUUAGAUGAUAUGAUUGACAAGGCCGGAUCAUAUAUAGCUGCAGCCGACCAUUUGAUGAAAAAAUGCAAAGCCAAACGUGUCUAUGUGAUUUGCACUCAUGGACUCUUCAACGAUGAAUGUCUGAAAGAAAUGGAAAGAUGCAAUAGCAUAUAUAAGUUGGUGAUCACAAAUACCUUUCCCAUUCCACUGGAAGACAAUUUCCAAAUCACCAAACUUGUAGUGAUUGAUGUUUCGGUAGUUCUUGCAGAGUCCAUUAGGAGAAUUCACAAUG